CACGCAAAAUAAUAAUAAUUGCGACGAAAUCCCACGAACUUUCUUCCAACAACCGCCAAUCGCCAACCAACAACCACUCUACCUUCAACCCUUCUAAUCCUCGAAAUGGCUCCCUCCCGUAAGGAUAAGAAGUCCGGCGACACCAUCAACUCGCGCCUCGCGCUUGUGAUGAAGUCCGGCAAGGUCGUCCUCGGCUACAAGUCCUCCCUCAAGCAGCUCCGCAUGGGCAAGGCCAAGCUGGUUCUCAUCUCCGGCAACACCCCUCCCCUCCGCAAGUCCGAGCUCGAGUACUACGCCAUGCUCUCCAAGAGCCCCGUCCACCACUUCAACGGCAACAACCUGGAGCUCGGUACCGCUUGCGGUAAGAUGUUCCGCGUUGGCACCAUGGUCGUCCUCGACGGCGGUGACUCCGAUAUCCUGAGCCAGGUCGCUUAAGCGAUCGGAGUCUCUGUUGGUGGUUUUGGGUGGUCACUAGGCGUCAUUUUGAUGAACGGUCAACUGGAGAAAUUAACUUGAGCGACAGAAGUGUGGAGGGUACAUUUAGUCCCUUUAUAUAUACCCAUCAAUGCCAAUAGCGUCCCACCCA